GAAACGCAAAGCUGCUGUGUAAUCGUACUAUUUAGCCACUAGAGGAGUGAUAGUUAUAACGAUAAAAUCCAAAUUAAAUAUGCCGGAUUAUUUAGGAGAUGACCAGAGGAAGACGAAAGAGGAGGACAAGGAUGACUCACCAAUUAGAGCUUUGGAUGAAGGCGACAUCGCUCUGCUGAAGACUUAUGGUCAAAGCACUUACUCCAGACAGAUAAAACAAGUGGAGGAUGACAUCCAACAGCUGCUCAAAAAGAUCAACGAGCUUACAGGUAUUAAAGAGUCUGACACGGGGCUGGCACCACCAGCUCUUUGGGAUUUGGCUGCUGACAAACAGACCCUUCAAAGUGAACAACCCCUACAAGUUGCAAGAUGCACAAAGAUAAUUAACGCUGACUCAGAGGACCCCAAAUACAUCAUCAAUGUCAAGCAGUUUGCCAAGUUUGUGGUGGACCUGAGCGAUCAGGUGGCCCCGACUGACAUCGAGGAGGGCAUGAGAGUUGGUGUCGACAGAAACAAGUAUCAGAUCCAUAUCCCCCUGCCUCCUAAAAUUGAUCCAACUGUCACCAUGAUGCAGGUGGAGGAGAAACCCGAUGUUACCUACAGUGACGUUGGUGGCUGUAAGGAACAGAUUGAAAAGCUGAGGGAAGUAGUUGAGACCCCCCUGCUUCAUCCUGAGCGGUUCGUCAACCUGGGCAUCGAGCCUCCGAAAGGCGUGCUGCUGUUCGGACCACCUGGCACCGGAAAGACCCUGUGUGCCCGUGCCGUGGCCAACCGGACGGAUGCCUGCUUCAUUCGAGUCAUCGGCUCUGAACUGGUGCAGAAGUAUGUGGGCGAGGGAGCACGGAUGGUGCGUGAGCUCUUUGAGAUGGCCAGGACCAAGAAGGCUUGUCUCAUCUUUUUUGAUGAAAUUGAUGCCAUUGGAGGCGCACGUUUCGACGACGGCGCCGGCGGGGACAACGAGGUGCAGAGGACCAUGCUGGAGCUCAUCAACCAGCUGGACGGCUUCGACCCGCGCGGCAACAUCAAAGUGCUGAUGGCCACCAACAGACCUGACACCCUGGAUCCAGCCUUGAUGAGACCCGGACGUUUGGAUAGGAAGAUUGAGUUCAGCUUGCCUGAUCUUGAGGGUCGCACACACAUCUUCAAGAUUCAUGCUCGUUCCAUGAGCGUGGAGAGAGACAUUCGCUUUGAGCUGCUCGCUCGCCUCUGUCCCAACAGCACAGGUGCUGAGAUUCGCAGUGUGUGCACAGAAGCCGGCAUGUUCGCAAUCAGAGCUCGCAGGAAGAUUGCCACUGAGAAGGACUUCUUGGAGGCCGUUAACAAAGUCAUCAAAUCUUACGCCAAGUUCAGCGCCACCCCAAGAUACAUGACCUACAAUUAAGCGUGUAUGAGUGUUUUCCAGUUUGGCUUUUUACUUCUAGCAAGUAGCCAAGAAAUAAUGUCUUUUUUGUUGUCAGAUGUGAAAAAUAAAAAUUUACUCCACGA